GACAAUGGCUCAGGACUUCCAUCAGCUCAAAUGAUUCCAUGGCAUUGACUCAUGGCAUGCAGUCUUGAAUGACCUGCCAAAGGAUGAUCAGGGAACACUGUGUUUCAGGGCAUUUGGUACAUGAGAAAUCUAGGAGGAAAUCUCUUCCUUCUGCCUGAACUUUUGCAUGGGUAUGAACUGGAAUGAAACGUUCCCUUUUUAUGCUUGCAUGAUUUUGUUUGGUUUUUAUAUCCUUAUUAGUUUAUGUACUUGGUGAUCCCUGAGUUAAAUAUUUGGUAAUCUGUAACACAAUUUAUGUUAAAAAGUCAUUGUUUUGAGAUUUUAUGAAUGGCCUCAUUAAGAAAAUGCAUAAAGAUGUGGGUGGACUAUAACUCAUGCCAGGUUAACCACUCAAACAGAACAAACAGUCACAUACAUACAUACAUACAUACAUACUUUCACUUUUGUUAUAGAUAUAGAUAUUAGGGGUGUGCAAAUCUUCGUUUUUAAAUCGUAAGUCGUAUCUAAUUUGUAAGUUUUGUAUAUAUGAAGAAAUAUUAAGAAACAGAGGUGUGGGGCAUGGGGUGGGGGCGCCCACACAAAAACUUAAGAAUAAAAACUUACGCAAUACUUUUUUGUUUGAAUUCUGUAAUGCUCAGAAGUUAGUUUUGUUUUCAGCACAAGCAAGGCAAAGCCAAAAAGCUGCAAUUCCUCUUUAAAUUAAGGAGAUAGGUUUCAUCUCACCAUGAGGAGAGGAAAGCAGCAGGUGGGAUGAGAUGAGCGAGCUGGGAAAGAGCAUGAGAGAGCACAGAAUUCAGAAGGCCCUGUCCUAAACUACGUUUCCCAUAAUUCUGCUCAGAAUCAGAAAGCCCCAAUCAGAAGAAGGAAGAGAUUUGUCCCUCUUUCCUAGCAGCAGCUAGCCAGAGUUCCAAUACAUUGUUGAAUCUGAAAAGAGGAGGACUGACUGAUACUUCAAUACUACGUCCAGGGCUAGGGCUGCCCAAAUUCCUCUAGAAGGGAAGAUAAAAGAAGUGGGCAGAGCUGUAGCUUCACUUGGAACUGACUCGCCAUGAGGUCUUCUGGUCUCCUUGUCCUUCUUGCUCUCCUGACCCUCUCUGCCUUGAUGCCUGCUGCUUCCAGGAAAGCAAAGCCUGGGCAAUGCCCAACUCCACUUUCGGGCAAAUGUAAAGAAAACAUAGAUUUGUGCACGAAAGACGAUGACUGCCCCAAGACUGAGAAGUGUUGCCGAUGGAAAUGUAUAAGGGAAUGCGUGAAGCUUCUCUCCUUUGUUUUCCUCCUUUACAUGUUUCUUAACCUGCACAAUCCCCAGCCGAGCACUUCAGGAGUAGAGUUGGGUAAGGUGCUUGCACUGAGUUUCCUGGAGCCCAACCGAUACCGUAGAGUCUUGUGUCAAGAGAAAGCAUCUUCCAUUGGGAAAUCCACCUUGAGCAACCACUGCCCAACCUCUCUCUCUGCUGGGUUUAUAAGAUCCCUGCCCGACUCAAGGGCGAUGCUUGCUUCCCAAAAGAGCACCAUGGGGUCCAGACUUGUCCUUGUGUGUCUUCUUUUCUUCUGGGCUGGUUUGUCUUAUGCUAACAAGAAUGAGAAGAGAGAUUUCUGCAUCCUUCCCUCUGAAACAGGAGUCUGCAAAAUGUACAUUCCUCGGUUCUUCUUUAAUCCAACCACAAAGAAGUGUGAGAAAUUCAUUUAUGGUGGAUGUGGAGGAAAUAAGAACAACUUCAAGACCGAGAAGGAGUGUCUCCGGGCCUGCUCAGGACCACUUUAAAGGAGGCUGGGAUCCAUGGACAGCAAUCACUCAAGACCUCUGACCAGAGUCCAAAUCCCACUCUGCACCAUCUACACUUGCUCUGUUGAUGCGGGUUCCAG